AUGGCAGAUAUCGGUCACAGCCGCGAUCACGCGGAUCAGCUCACCAGACCGUGGCCCAUGGGAAAGUGUGCCUAUGAAGGAGCCUUCAGCCUCUACGAAGGCUUGGAGGACUUUGUACAAAAUCGAGGAGCCAAGCCUACAGCGGCUCUCAUUGUCGGAGAUGUGGCUUAUGGCGGUGGCGAUCCAGAGGUCUGCAAUGCAACCAGAAAUGCCUUCCAGAAAUACUUGCACGGUCAAGUUCCUGUGGACCGUGUGUUCCCUGUGAUGGGAAACCAUGAUAUCCAUUAUUUGGGCUGCAGCAGAGGUGAAAUGUUGACACCCUGGCUGCCGUGCUACUAUGGCACUGCGCAUACCUCGGUCAUGUCCAACUACCAGAUGACCUUCUGGCAGUGGCGGCAAAACUGGCUCUCUGCAUUCCCAGGCUUGAGCAAGGCGACAUUGCCUGCACCGAAGGAGGAGCAAGAAGAGUGGAUCUCUCCGAUGCGUUACAACCUCAACCUGGACAAUCGCAGCAGUGUCUACAUCAUCGCUGGGCUCAUUUCAGGUGUCUACAGGACCACUUGGAACAACGACACACCCACCGUGGCGAUGGAUGCGAUGGGCCCCAAUGGCGAUGAGCUCGAAUGCCGCUUCCUUCGAGACUCCCUCGCAGAAGGUCGAAGGUUGAAGAAGAGCAUCUUCGUUUACGUCACCCACGACUUCCAACAUGCGUGCAAGGAUUGGAGCCUCAUCAGUGCCAUCGAUGUUUGGAUCACCGGCCACAAGCAUCUUUAUUGGCAGUCUGAAGCUUCUGGCUCAACGCAAGCCCAAGAGCUUCGUCACUUCCCCCUGCGAAUUCUCAUUGGCAACGGCGGCUUUGAUGAGGGUCAGAUGGACGUCGUCAGCUUCGGUCACUUGCGCGAGAUCCCCUAUGAUGCUGGCGGCCAGCAACGGGUGAAGGUUCAGUUCAAGAUUUAUGACACCUGCAUCUCAGACGACUUUAUGUGCCCCAUGAUAGGCAAAGGUGGCCCCUACUGCUGGGACAAGUGUCGAUCGAUCCCCGGGGGUGUUGAUCGUGGCGGCGGGUCUCGCAAAGCCACCCCAGGACGUCAUGAUUCCGGCUUCACCCUGGACGCACCUCGUGGCUCACCGUCGGAAUGGGCCUCGGAACUGUUUGGCCAGACGUGGCUUGUACGCCUUGUGAAGGAGGAUCGCUGGCUCGCACUGGGUGUUUGUCCCUAUGAUGGGGACUUCGACAACUGCUUGAUACCGUCCAGCCAAGCUGAUGCCAUUGGGUUGCAGCUCUUUGGCCGUGGUAGCACGUUGCCGGCCAAAGGUGAGCCCAUUCACGCUGCCCUGGCCUUGCAGGACGACUUCAGAGGCUUUGUGACUCAUGACGCUGUGAAUGUCACACAAAGGGGCGCUGGUUUCUGGGCGAAGGACUUCUGGGGCCGUGGAAAGAUGAACUCAGCGGACGCUGACCUCUUUACCUUUGUCCAGGAGGCUGGACGUUGGACCAUGAAGGGCAUGGCGGUGAGGAGUGGAGACUUGAAGGACUACCUGGCCUUUGAUGAGGCUGGGAGCCUUGAAGUGGAGUUCCAUGCGGCCGAACGGAGCUCCGCCCGUUGGGAGCGAAACGGAGAUCCGGCCGUUUUGGGGAAGCUGGCGCCAGAGCAUCGUGAGCAGCGGGAGGCACCACCGAGACCCAUUUCUUUGCUGCUACAGGGCAUUUUUCUCGUUCUGAUUACAGUGUUGCUUCUUUCAGAAUGCUGGACGUAUUUGACACCAGCCAACAAACAAGCCUUCCACAUCGACAUGCCGCGCAUGUUCCAGAUUGAAAAUUUCAGGCAGGUGCGAGUACUCUUGGAUGUGACCAUCCACGAUUUCCCUUGCAUCGAUUUGAGCCUGGACUACCAGGAUGCGAUGGGAAACCGCCAGACGGAUAUCCGCACGGGAGUGUCGAAGCAAAGACUGAAAGCCGAUGGCACCCCUGUGGGCGAAGUUCUCAAAAACGAUCCAAAGGUGGCAAGUCGAAACCAAGCGUCAAACCCAAGCAUUCGGAAUGGCACUGGGAAUGCCACCUGUGGAGACUGCUAUGGAGCAUUGCCUGAUGGUGAAUGCUGCAAUACCUGCUCCGAUGUUCUCUAUGCAUAUCGCAUGAAACGGUGGGCGCUCCCCCGUAUUGAAAGCAUCAAGCAGUGCCAGCAAGAUGGUACCGCCAAAUCUGCGUACCAGCCGCCACAGAUUGCCCACAUCAAGGACUACAGCUCUGAUGAUUAUUUGAAUAACUUCAAGAGGAUUGGAAGUAUGACCCCGUCCGGCAACGAGGCGCGAAUCACUGCGCCCUUAAAACUGAAUCUCAGCUUGAAUCUGCAAAACAUCACCUUCAAGCCUCUGAACCUGAAGCCCUUGGGUUCACCCUUGUCACUGGACUUUGAUGAUUGGGACGACGAGGAAUUUGAGGGCGAAUCGUCCAGGCAGAAGGACAAAGUCCUCUCUUGGCCAUCUUGUGUCAGGCGGAACGUUGUGGUCAACGGCUACGACAUCGAUGCCGCAGUGUUUGAGGACCUCACGCCCUUCGGAGCCAAGGAAGGGUGCUGGAAGGACAAUUGUCUUCGCAGCGACAAGUUCAACUGCGACAGUAUGGAUCACUGUGCGACAGUUUGCAGUCAGGUACCCAAAUGCUCUUGGUGGACUUGGGGUGUGGAAGAGUUUGCGGCCAAGUGCUGGCUACGCACGGGCACCAGCAGGAAGAGUAAGCGAUAUGGUUUUUCAUCUGGAACUCGCAAUUGCACAGUGGCUCUAAAGACGGCGACCACGACACCCGCCGCUGACGGAGCUUCGGAGGUGGAGGCGCUGAAGGCGCGCCGCUUAUCCAGUUUCGAUGAUUUGCCGCAGGGCUGGGAUCUGCCUCUGGGGUCGAUGCUGCACAUGCCGAUCUUCGAAUGGCGAGACAAGGAGAGUGAGCUGCGACGUGAGAUGAAGGGAGAAAGCUGUCGGAUCCAUGGAUAUUUCGAUGUGAAUAGGGUCCCUGGUAACUUCCACAUCGGCGUGCAUGGAGCUAUGGUCCCAUCAUACCUGUCCUUCUACGACGAGCCAGCACCGCCUCAACAGAACAUGCGGCACACCAUCAACUCCUUGGCCUUCAUCGAUGUGCCAUAUAAGUCUGGUGGCAUGUCCCGGCCACUGGAUGGUUUUGAAAGUCCGAAGGCCUUUACUUUCCAGUACUACCUCAUGAUCACUCCUGUGACCCGCAAGACUCGUGCGGUGGAAUGGGGCUAUCAGUUCAAAGCCGCUUCCUUCGUGACCAACGAGCUCAUCGGUCCCGCCGUCUUCUUCCGCAUGGACUUUGAUCCAAUCAGAGUCACUUACUUCACCGAGCAUGUACCCUUCAGCAAAUUUCUGGUGAAUGCCUGUGCGGUGGUCGGAGGUUGCAUUGCGAUGAGCACGAUGCUUCUGAAGAUCUUGGAUGCCAUCAUAGAAGAAGAGUAG